UCUGGCUCCACUCACUGCGGUAGAAGCGAGCUAAGCGGGCACCAGUCAACGUCGACCCACUUGUUCCGGCGUGACCAGUCCACUUCAGCACCGAGGAGGACUUCAUCAAACAGGACAUAUUUAUCCUCUCCAGUACUCUGCUUGGGGGUGACGAAGGGACAACUUUUGGUGUAUCUCGUCGUGUUUGUAUUUCCUUCUUUUCCAUCUUUAACGAAGAAGCACGCCUCUUCUCGUGGUGAGAGGAUGGGACCGCUCCUCCUCUCCAUCGCCCUGUGCGUGAGCGCCGCUGUCCCGCAGCAUGUGAUAGGUUCGUGCCACCCAAACCCUUGCCACAACAGAGGGGCAUGUGAGAUCAGUGAGACCUACAGGGGCGACACCUUCAUUGGUUAUGUCUGCAAGUGUCCUCCUGGCUUCAGUGGUGUUCACUGCCAACACAAUAUUAAUGAAUGUGAAAGAGAACCAUGCAAGAAUGGGGGCCUUUGCACCGAUCUCGUUGCAAACUACUCUUGCGAAUGCCCUGGGGAGUACAUGGGGAGGAACUGUCAACAUAAAUGCUCUGGACCACUGGGCAUGGAAGGCGGCAUAAUCUCCAACCAGCAGAUAACAGCCUCCUCCACCCACCGGGCUUUAUUUGGCUUGCAGAAGUGGUACCCGUACUUUGCACGCCUCAACAAGAAGGGUCUGGUGAACGCAUGGACUGCAGCUGAAAAUGACAGAUGGCCAUGGAUUCAGAUUAACCUGCAGAGACGAAUGAGGGUCACGGGCCUAAUUACCCAGGGUGCAAAGCGAAUUGGCAGCCCUGAGUAUGUCAAGUCAUACAAAGUGGCUUACAGUGACGAUGGGAAGACUUGGAGAACAUACAAGGUCAAGGGCAAAGAUGAAGACAUGAUUUUUAGAGGAAAUGUCGAUAACAACGCUCCGUCAGCCAACUCCUUCACUCCACCCAUUGAAGCCCAGUUUGUGCGCAUUUAUCCCCAAGUUUGUAGAAGGCACUGUACCUUACGCAUGGAACUCCUUGGAUGUGAGGUAACAGGUUGCUCUGAACCAUUAGGGAUGAAGUCGGGUCAUGUCCAAGACUACCAGGUCAAAGCCUCCUCCAUCUUUAGGACACUCAACAUGGAUAUGUUCACUUGGGAGCCUGGAAAAGCCCGGUUGGACAAGCAGGGCAAGGUGAAUGCCUGGACUGCGGGACGUAGUGACCAAUCACAGUGGCUACAGGUGGACUUGCUUGUGCCUACCAAGAUCACGGGAAUAAUCACCCAAGGAGCUAAAGACUUCGGUCAUGUACAGUUUGUCGGCUCGUACAAACUGGCAUACAGUAAUGAUGGAGAGCGAUGGAAAGUAUACCAAGAUGAGAAGCAAGGAAAGGACAAGGUCUUUCAGGGGAACUUUGACAACGACACACACAGAAAGAAUGUGAUCGAUCCACCCAUCUACGCUCGGGUCAUCCGGAUCCUUCCGUGGUCGUGGUACGGCAGGAUCACUUUGCGUGCAGAAGUACUCGGCUGCACUAUGGAGGAGUGAUGUCCUUACCCCCUUUGUUUCUCCUUCUCUACCAUCUCAACGAUAUACUGGCAAAUGUCAUUCAGUAGUGGAAAAAACGAAAAAAAGAAAACUGUGCAACCUGUAAAAACAAAAAAGAAAUUGAUUUCCAGUAGAUUUUUUUUUCAGAAUUUGUGAAGAGUUGCCAUUUUUAGUUUAUUAUUUGUACAAUAAUUUAAUGCUCAAGUUUUCUUUCUUAUGUAUAUUUUUUUUUCUUCACAGCGUGAUUCUUGCCUUUUUAUUGUUCUUGAGAACUGUAAUAUACAUAAGUGGGUUCUGGGUUGGGGGGGUUGGGCUCUCUGAGGCUGGGGUCUCACUCGGGAUUUGCCAUAUAAAUUAUUGUAAAAAGUCACUUUUUAAACUAAAUAUGUGUCGGUCAUGAUGCAUUAGUACCCUCACAAACAGACAAACACACAGACAUGCACAUACACACACACACACACAAGUCAUAUUGUUAAACAUGUUUUUACUUUGAUUUUGACAGGCCCUGCUUUCACUCUAAUGGACACUUGCAUUAUUACUCCAGCAACCAAAACACUAUUAAUGCUCUUGUAUUAUAUGUAAAACAGUAGAAAAUUGCAUGGUGCGUGAAUAAAAAGACUGCUUAAUACGACAAAUCAGUCAAAACAUCCAGCCGUGAACGUAAUCGCGAAAACUUACAAAUCUUUUCCAUUCGUUUUUAAAUUGUUCUGAAAAAGCUUCGUGGAGUUGAUAAAUAUUCAUGACGAUUCAUUCAUUGGUAUUGACACAGAUGUUGACAUGUCUCAGCAUUCAUAUGUAUUCAUUCCGAUUAUUUUAUAGAUUUGUGUUGACCGUUUAUGCAUUUAGUAUUUACUCAGAUUAUUUUUGUUGCAUUUUUUUCACAUUUUAGAAAUCUAUGUUCAGUGAGUUGUGUCAAUAUGUAAAAUGAAUUUAUUAAAAAGCUCAGGAUAUAUGUCAGUCUUAAAACCCACAAAUUUAUACUUUUGGGCCACUAUCUGUGCAUUAUUGUUUAACCUCAAUGUUUAAGUCCACAACUGAACCGUUUACCAUUUAUUUAUAUUACCUUUAAAUUGACAACUGUCUCUUGUUUUUGAAAAGAGAGCUGCUAUCCGCAAUGAAUUAUAUACAAAAACAAGCAAUGAUCCAACACACGUGCAGUAACCAUGGUAACCCUUCAACAAACAUUCUUGCAUACUUUAACACAAUGAAGGAUUGUGUCUUCAACUCAAUGGGAUAUUGAAUUCUUACUGGGAAUGCAAUUACAAUCUUGACCAGAUGUUUUUUGGUUCUUGGCAUAUUUGUCAGUGUUUCCACGGCACACUGGUACCAGCUUGUCUUAACUCAGCUCAACUGUACCCGGCUGCUGCUGCUGCUGCUGCUGCCUCGAUUUUCUGAGUUUAACAGUUAACGUUGGAAAGUGCAAAAUCCAUGCCGCGUUGAAUACUUCAGUUGGAACAAGAUAUGCUAACAAACAAUAACAAUGGAGGAGAAUGGGGGUCUGUUUUCUUAUUGGCAUUAAUCCUCAGUGUGGCAAUAACGAAUCUGCUCGAUCAAUGAACAAUCAGCACUGGUUUCCAUUAGCCAUAUGGUAUGGGCUUGACCUGCUCGGAACCCCCACUGAUGAGGUAGAAAUAGUACUACUUGUUUUUGCCAGUGGAAAAGCAUUAAUUCCUGUCAACGAAUAUGUACCGUGCUGUGGAAACAGGGCAAAGCAAGUAAGAUAUCGUCAUAGCAAUCACAUUCAGAAUAUUCUGGUUAUGGUUGCUUAUAUGGUUAUGGUUAUAUAGUACAAUGGUGUAAAGGCAUCCGACUAAUUGGGUGUUCUUCACAAUGGUGUCAGAUUACUAUUGUGGUCUAUUUAUUGGACUAUUUGUUCAAAAUGUCUUACGCUUAGAGGGAAGUUGAAGGGAAAGAGCUCUCUUGUGUCAUGUUACUGAUGAACUUUAAGGAAUUUAUCCAGCUAUUUCAUAUUGUACAAAUGCAAUACAUCCAAUCAGAGACUACAGUAGAGCCUGAAAUGGGAAUUAAAUAUGUAUUUAAGAGAACAUUAAUGAUUUAAUUUAAUGUUCCAAGCUCACUAAAUGGUGGCAGUUGUUUCAUUCACUUUUUAUUCAAAUUUAGAGAACCAACUCUUUGUCCCAAAAAGAAAAAAACAUUACACACAGGUGUUUUUAUCUGUACAAACUGUUAUAAAAAUACAGUACAGUAGUUACACAGAAAAACUAUGUUGUCGAUGACUAAUUCAUGAAAUUGUUUACAUUCAUGGACAUGAGAAUCGCGUAGACAAAUAAAAUCUUAAUCCUACCUUUACUUGGAGAACUGUUAUUUACUGCCAAAUCCCUUCAUCUGGCAUCUGGUCGUUGUCGCCUGUGAGCACAAGAGUGGGCAGAUUCACGAUGAGUUUGAACUGUAUAGAAUAACAAUGUCCACCGGUACAUUAUCUUGUUGUAUUUCAUACAGGUUUGACUUUGUUUUUACCAUCAAUUGUCUUGAGUGUUGUGCAAGUGCGUCUCACGUUGGAGAAAACAAAGAGAAACUCAUCUUGUCUUUGUAAGUCUACGUCAUUUUAUGUGCUCGGCCUAAGUGUCGAUUUAGAAAAUGUAAUUAAAAUGAAUGCUGGUCAGGUUCAAGCCGGCAGAGGGACACCAGAUGUUAUGUACAGUAAAAAGAAAAAAAAGAUGCUUCAACUCAAAAACUCAGUUCAGUUUGACAAAUAAAAAGAUAUCUGUG